UUACGUUGCCGAUUCCAGGACCUGAGCCGAAGACGAUUAGAGUGCGAGUCAUCUUGCCGUCGUGAAAUUGAGGUGUUGUUGGGCUUAUUGACGAGGUAGAGGUUUGGGACUGCAAGUACUGCUUGAUCCAAAUCUGAUUUCUCAGGCGCGGAGGUGAGAUCUCAAUUUGAGCUAGUUUGAAGUGUACUAUACUACGGCGUCUCUGUGUGAUGUGGGGGUGUUCUCAAGUGGAAGGAAGGCUACCUUUAUAUUUCUUACAGGAUCCAACUCCGACCCCACCUCUCGAGUUAUCAGUCUGCAGCAUCCUUCCCGUUAGUCUCUUAGAACUACGCCUGGCUGUAUGCAAAAGGCCAUGCAAGACACACUACGUUCAACGAGCGCCUAUCGACAUCGAGGUUCAUGCUCAUUUUAGUGCUGAGAGGCUGCCACGGGCUGACUCAUCCGCAACGAAAAAGGCCAUCAUGAUCAAGUUGGAGGGAUCUCAUAUCUUCGAAGUAGAAACUAAUCGAAAGAGGAUACCUAGUAAGCACCAGGAGGAUUACUAUGCAUACGAGUUGAUAAUGGACUUCUCCGCGGAUGACGAUGAGGCUUUCAAACAGUAUAUGCCAAGCCAAUUCGGGAAAAAAGAUGGUUCCGUAAACGUCGAGGCGCAAAUUGAACGGGCGCGGAGACCAGUCGUGGAUGAGAGCAAACAGGGCAAGAAGGAUGGUGGAUCAGGCGAUGAAAAGGACUCGGAUGAUGACGACAGCGACGACAGCGACGACAGCGGCAACGACGACGACGACGAGUUCCCGGUUUCGCACGAAUUGAUCAUCAAAACGCAUGAUCGCGCGGUCACGACGAUUGCGCUCGAUCCCUCGGGCACGCGACUUGUUACAGGGAGUAACGACUGUACGCUCAAACUACACGAUCUGAGCGCGCUGACACCAAGUACCAUUCGCGCGUUCAAGACCGUGGAUCCGUUCGCUACGAAGGCUUCACAGUCGGCAGAGUCGCAUUCGAUCCAUCAGAUUCUCUAUGGUCCGCACUCCGGCGGCCAAUUUCUGUGUAUCAGCGCGACGUCACAAGCGAGACUAUUCAGCAGAGAUGGCGACCUUGUCUCCGAGUUUGUCAAGGGCGACAUGUACCUAAGGGACAAGCACAACACCAAGGGACAUACAUCAGAGAUCACGAGCGGCGCAUGGCACCCUACAAACCGCGACCGGUUCGUCACAGCAGGGACGGAUAGUACGGUACGAAUAUGGAAUGUCAACAAGAGAAUGAAGCAGGAAGAGGUCAUCGUACACAAAUCGAGGGCUGCUGGAAGUGCAGGCAUGACGAGGAUGACGGCUAUAGCGUGGGGCGCUGCAGCUAAUGGAGGAAGCAGUAUGCUUGUCUCCGCAGCACUAGAUGGAAGCUUGGUCAUGUGGGGUGGUGAGGGACCAUAUCAUCGUCCUACGGCAGAGAUUCGAGACGCGCAUGAGAAGGACACCUGGACGAGCGGACUGGAUAUCAGCGCAGACGGAAGGCUAGUAAUCACAAGAGGCGGAGACGACACAAUUAAACUUUGGGAUACACGGAAAUUCAAGGCGCCUCUCAAUACGACAUCACAUCCCUCAACCUCAUCACAAUAUCCGACGUCGAACAUUCAGUUCGCGCCAAACUCCUCAAGCAUCAUCACAGGUUCCGAGACUGGCCACCUGCACAUCCUCAAUCCCGCAACUCUCCGCCCCGAGCUAGUCACACCAGUCACACCAGGUUCGCCCCUUAUAUCGGUAAACUGGCAUCCCAAACUCAAUCAGAUCCUCACCGGCUCCGCAAAUGGCCAAACUACCAUUUUGUUCAGCCCCAAACUAUCGCAAGCCGGCGCCCUCACCAUUCUCAGCAAGGCGCCUAAAAAGCGGCACCUCGACGACGAUCCCUCUUUGACCGUGGACAUGGACCCACUCGGUAUGUCUGGGGACGCGCAUUACGAUCCCUCUGGCAGGCUCGCCGGUGGUGUCCAAGCUGGCUCGUUCGCUGCCCGACAUCCCACGAUCGGCCUUACUGCGUCAGGCAAGAGCAGAGAUCCAAGACGCCCGCACAUCCCUGCCACGACGCCAUUUGCGAAAAGCACGCCGGAUCAGAAGUAUGUCAUGGAGCAGAUUGAGGGGAGUGAUAUGCGGGAUGAGGAUCCGAGGGAGGCGCUGUUGAAGUAUGCGCCGAAAGAGGGAGAGAAGAAUGUUUUUACGGGUGCAUGGGAUAAGACGCAACCGAAGACUAUCUACAAGGAAUAUGACAGCGAUGAAGACGAGAGAGACUCAAAACGGGCUAAGCGGUAGUCAAGUUAUGGCUGUGGUAAUACUGAUCAUGGAAAGCAUUGCUGGCGUCUGGUAAUCGAAAAUAUAUACCAUGUUAUGAUAGAUGAACGAUGAACUUGAACUCGAGUAAUAUAUAGAAAUGGCCCUGUGAAUUAUGGUCUUGGCACGCGUGGACGCGCCCCUGGUCGCGAACCCUAAAU